AUGAAGGAACCAAAGUACUUCACCAUCUACGAGGACUUCUUCAAAGAUGCAAAGACCUUUCUGAACACAGCCGUUGAGACGAAGAACAGCAUUUUCGAUGUGAGCAGCAGUGGGGAGUCAAGCUCAGGGGAGAAAAGCGAUGGCGGGUCAGAGGCCCCGGGGAAGGAGAGGCACAUCGACUUUUACCUGAACGACCAGAGUAACAAGGCGGUUUGGCACAAGGACAGCAGCAAUGAGGGUAGAACCAUGGGGAAAAGCUCAAAUAGGAGCGGUCUAAAUAGGAGUGGCCUAAACAGGAGCGGUCCAAAUCGGAGUGGUCCAAAUCGGAGUGGUCCAAACAGAGGCCACCAAAACGCCGAAGCGGACGCGUACAAAAAUAAUCACUGCUUCUCCAACAUGAACCACGGAGCGUCAAAAAUCCUGAUGUGCUACCAAAACACGCACACCAUGUGUCUGUCCUACAAGCCAUACAACGAAAAUGUGUGUCACGACUCAGCGAACAUGAAUUAUUCCAUUUCUAUUUUUAAGAAGAAGGUACCAAAUUUUGACGUGGAGGAAGAGAAGUAUGCCUUUGAUGGAGCAGAGGAGGAUAACCGAGUUGUGCGUUUUUUGAAGAGAUGGGCAUUUUGGCGUUUUAGGGAGAAGGGGCGGAAGUUCCUCUUGAUAAACGAAGAAAGGAGGCAACUGAGGGGGGGCGAAAACGUAGGAAGCAACUCUCACGCGGAGGAAGCAAUGAGGACAGGAAAGGAUGUUCGUAGAGGGAUGGAGAAAGAUUCGAACAAGUAUAGUAAAAAGCCAACAAUGAUGGAACCCAGUAGAAAUUUCACCACGAACACGGGAAAAGGCAAAAGUGCAGAGAACGCUGAGGACGCGAAAAAAAAAAGUGUGAUUUUCAACGAAAUGAGGAGAAAAAAAAAGGAAAGGAAGAAAGGCAUAUCAUAUGAACAUUUGUUAACUCCAAGUAAGCAUGAGUAUGAUGCGUUUUGUUUGUUUAAUCCUCGUUUUAAGCAAGGAAAGCACCACACAGUGAUGUGCUUGCAAGGGUAUAACGUGUCUGUGAUUCCUUUUGUGAAGGCAAAAAAGCUCAAGGAAGAAGUGAAUGAAUUAUUUAAUGAAAUAAAUCCAUGGAUCCACAAAUCGUUGACAUUAUCCAAGCUGAGAAAUUUAAAAAUUGAUCUUUUCAAUUUAAUUUCUAAUAUCCCUGAAAUUGAUAUUUCGACCAUCUGCUGUGCGUGGGUCUUUUUUGAAAGGUUGGUCAUUAAGGGGUAUGUGCAUAAGUCCAAUCGGAAGCUCUACGCAGCUACUUGUCUUAUUUUGUCGCUCAAAUUUUACCAGCAUGAUGACAUGCAGAUUUUGGAGAAGCUGCUUUUUUAUAUUCAGAAGUUAGACAAGAAGGAGAACUUAACGCCGUCACUCAUUUUUUCCGUGGAGUUUUUGGUUUACCGUCUGCUGGACUUUUCACUACAGCAUACGUACGAGCAUAUCCGCCCCCACAUAUACCAGUACCUGGAGUCCAAGGAGCUCAAGUUCGAGGACGUGUACGGUAUUUCGGAAGAGCGAGGGGGGAAAAAAAAUGAAAGCAGUUACAAAUUCCUAAACGCGGACGAAAUAAAUAACCUGGAGUACAUUUUCAACAAAAUGAAAAGGAACGAAAAUGAAAGCGUUACAAUUCAGAAUGUGCAAAAAUUUCUGCACGAAAAUCAUAACAAGGACAUUUCAGAUGACCUGUUAGAUUUUUUUCACAUGUAUGGCAGUAGCAUCAGUCUGGAGGACUUCCUCACAGCGCUCAAUUGUGAUAUUAACAAAUUCAAGUCGAAGGAGAAAAUGAAAAGUUUGUUCGACUUGCUGGACACCUCCAAAAGGGGCUACAUAUCGACUAGGAGCUUCAUCCAAUCGGCCAAGGAAUUUGAAAAUGAAUUCAGUGAGGAGACACUGAAGAGCAUUUUUAACAUCAUGGAUUUAAGCAACAGUGACAGGAUGCACUUUGACGAAUUUAAAAAUGCGAUAGCGAAUAUGUGA